GCGUCUGAGCACGGGGUUGGACAGGCUGCUGUGGGCUCUGGGCGGACGUGAGUAGAACAAAGAUGGCGGUGCAGGUGGUGCAAGCUGUGCAGGCGGUUCAUCUUGAGUCUGACGCGUUCCUAGUUUGUCUCAACCAUGCUUUGAGCACAGAAAAGGAGGAGGUGAUGGGUCUAUGUAUAGGGGAGCUGAAUGAUGACAUAAGGAGUGACUCCAAAUUUACAUACACUGGAACUGAAAUGCGCACAGUUGCAGAAAAGGUGGAUACCAUCAGAAUUGUUCACAUCCAUUCUGUCAUCAUCUUGCGACGUUCGGACAAGAGAAAAGACCGUGUAGAAAUUUCUCCAGAACAGCUGUCUGCAGCCUCAACAGAGGCAGAAAGAUUGGCUGAAUUAACAGGUCGUCCCAUGAGAGUUGUUGGCUGGUAUCAUUCCCACCCUCACAUAACUGUAUGGCCUUCCCAUGUUGAUGUUCGUACACAAGCCAUGUAUCAAAUGAUGGAUCAAGGCUUUGUAGGACUUAUUUUUUCCUGUUUCAUAGAAGACAAAAACACAAAGACUGGUCGGGUACUCUACACUUGCUUCCAAUCUAUACAAGCCCAGAAAAGUUCAGAGUAUGAGAGAAUUGAAAUUCCAAUCCAUAUUGUACCUCAUAUCACUAUUGGGAAAGUAUGCCUUGAAUCAGCAGUAGAGCUGCCAAAGAUCCUGUGUCAGGAAGAACAGGAUGCAUAUAGAAGGAUUCACAGCCUUACACAUCUGGACUCAGUAACCAAGAUCCAUAAUGGCUCAGUGUUUACCAAGAAUUUGUGCAGUCAGAUGUCAGCAGUCAGUGGCCCUCUACUGCAGUGGUUGGAGGACAGAUUGGAACAAAACCAGCAGCAUUUGCAGGAGUUGCAACAAGAAAAGGAAGAGCUUAUGAAAGAGCUGUCUUCCCUAGAAUAAAGCAGGAGAACAAAAAAAAUGUGGUAAUAUUUUUUUUGGUUUGUGUGCUGAAUAUGGUCCCAAACUAUUAUACAAUUCCUAUUUAGACAAAUAAUACAGCAGCACUUUUUAUAUACCAACAAAUAGUUUGAUGAAUAUAAAAACACAAGAUAUUUUCCUAAAAUUUCCCCAGAGCUUAUAGGAGUCUCUUACCUGUAAUUGCUGUAAAAGAAAACAUGCAGGAUGAUUUAAGCAAAUUUGAAAGUUAUUUUUAAGGGGUAUAGGAGGUACAUUAGUGAGGAAUAUCUGCAAAUAAACUGAAAAGUUUAUCUUAAAUUUUUAGAAUAUUUAUUCUAUUUUUUGAGCCAGAGUAUUAAUGUGUAUGCCUAGCUGUCCUGGAACUCACUAUGCAUACCCCACUAAGCUGCCCUCAAACUCACAGACAUCCACCUGCUUCUGAUUCUGCAGUACUGGGAUGAAAAGCAUGUACCACCUACUAUGCUUGCCAUAAAAUGUUUAUUCUCAAUGAAAAUAACCAGCAUAAUUUUUGAGACAAUGUCUCAUGUAGUCUCGCUAGUAUGGAACUCAGAGAAAUCCACUUGCCUCUGCUUUUCUUAUGAUGGCAUUAAAGAUGUGUACCAGCAACAUAAACAUUUUAGAAUUUGAAGUCUGUUUUUAUUUUCAGAUAUAUCUAUCCAAUAUAAGAUAAAGGAAGAAGAACACUUGGUAUUUCUAUUUUACAGUUUGAUGUUUUGCUAGGCAAGUGAAUCCUAAGUACUAUAGGGUUAAUGGAAGGACAGUUGAGGUCAUCAGCACCCACCUCUGUUGAUUAUUCGUAUUUAGAAUUGUGUAUCAUGACUUCAUUCUUGAUGUCUAAAUACAUCAUGAUAUAUCUAAAUUUGGAUCUGUGUGGAUACCCUUUUAAACAAACAGUGAGCUCUAGUUUAUUUGAGUCUAAAGCAAAUUCUUACUGGUCUUGUCUAAGAAUUCAAUUAUAAUAUGACCAUGUUUAUUUUAGAAAUAUUAGAGUUUAGGUUGUAAUAGAAAUCACACUUCAAAACAUGUGAUGAGUGUAUAUUCCUUCAUAUGAUACUAUUGAUUGUAAAUGUGUCUUCAGAGAAAAGUUGAACCUAUUGCAUCCUGGAAACUAAAGUAGGAAUUGGAAAAAGAGUAAAAAAGAAAGUAAACAGAUAGCAUCAGUCCCAACUGCGGUGAUAUUUUGUGCUUUUGGUUUGUCUCAUUUUUCCCUAGAUCAUUGUUUUUCAGUGUUCCAGAACCACUUGCAGCAGGACAUGACCUACUCAGCUGAUUCUGAGGCAUACUUACACAUUUGAGAACAAAUAUUCUCAGGGCAUAUGGAAUAUAAAUGCUUUAUUUUCCCUAAUUCCCUCCCACUACAAUUGUUAUUUGUUUAUUUUCUUUUUUAUAGGGCAGAUACAAAUACCUGACAUACAAUUUAUUAAACUGAAUCAACUUUGAGAAAUAUAAAGUUGGAGUGCUCACAUUACAUGGCUUCAAGACUUAUUUUAAAGCUGUAGUAAUCAAGAUACUAUGAUAUUUGCAGAAGAAUCAAUGGAACAGGAAAGAAAAAUUCAGAAACAAACCUGGAAUAAUAUGCUUAACUAAUUUUGAAAAAGCACAAAAGUGAUUCAAGGAAGAAAGGAUAAUCAUUUCAACAAAUUGUACCUCUACAGGCCAACAAAUUAUAUCCUAACAGGACCUCAAAAUGUAUCAUGGAUUUAAAUUAAGAUGAAAAACCUAGAAAAAAAUCAUUCAAGAAAAAUAUUCAGGAGUCAAGUACUUAAUAUUCAACUAAAAAGCACAAUCCAUAAGAAAACAAAGUAAGAUACAUUGGACUUCACCAGAGUUAAAUUUUUCUAUUAUGCAAAAAAAUAAAGAGAAAACUGUAAUAUUUGAUCAGUGGAAAAGAAAAUAUGCUUAAAACUUAAAAAAUAAACAACUCCAGUAGAAAAUGAAAAAAGACAUAAACAUUGUCCUGAAAGAAGGUAUUGUACAUAGCAGGUAAUUAUGUGAAAAUAUAUUGAACCUUAUAAGUCAU